AUGGAGCCCAGGGAGACUUUGGGCAGCUCUUGGCUAAGGAGGGGUGAGGCAGACUUUCUGUCAGCCGCUGUCACCUCUGUGAAGCCUCUGUCUGCCUCUGGCUGUGCAGGGGAGAUGAUGCUGCCUAUGGCGGGCUCAGGGAAAGAGAUCCUGAUGAGUGGUGAAAGGCUGGAGCCGGAGGAAGAGGAUGAGCUGGGUUCUAGGAGAGAUGUGGAUUCCACUUCCAAUGCAGACAGCGAGAAAUGGGUGGUGGGAGAUGGCCUGGAGGAGCAGGAAUUUUCCAUCAAGGAGGCUAACUUUACAGAGGGGAGUUUAAAACUAAAGAUACAGACCACCAAGAGAACUAAGAAGCCCCCAAAGAACUUGGAGAACUAUAUUUGCCCUCCCGAGAUCAAAAUCACCAUCAAGCAGUCUGGGGACCAGAAGCUUUCUAGAGCUGGUAAAAAUAGCAAAGCAGCUAAAGAGGAGGACAGAUUGCACUCCAGAAAGAAGGAAAAAGUCAUUAGAGAUGCAAAACUGCUUAUGAGUUGUGGUUGCAGAAAAGGGAAAAAUGCUCAAAUGAAAGACUCAGAUCAGAGUCAGAUGAAGAAUUUGGGAAGUGAGUGUGGGUUCCCUGUGCAGAAUCCAGUAACGAAAUCUGUGAACAAGGUUUAUGACAGACCACAAAAACAUUCUGUUCUGCACUAUGAUCCAGGUCUCCAACAAGACUUCACCAUUGACACCUUAAAAUCAAAGCACCAGCAGAAAAGUAGCAACCAGCACCAUCUUGACUGGUCAGUGAGCUCUGAUACUGGAUCCACUUCUCAAAGUUGCUUUGUCAACACAGAACCCAGUAGAGAAGCAGUUAGUGCCACCAAGGUCUCCACUCUGGAGCCAGGAGUUUCCUUCAGCAAAUCCCAGGCAAAGAAGUCCUGCACCAGCAGCACAUGGGGGCAGAUGUCAGCCAGUAGUAAAGAGCUUGCCAUUUGCAGUGCAGUCCCAUGCCCCAACAGCAUCAGCGUGGCCACCCAGCUGAGCAGCGCCUCUGAGUGCAAUGGGCUUUUGCCUCUUGGUGACCACGAGGUAGGUGUGCAGCUGGAAGCCCCCAAUCGACCCACCAGGAGUACAAAGAAGUCCAGCAAAAAGGACUUCAUAAGUCAAACCAUCCAAACCACAGACAUUGAGUGGGUGAAGAGCGCUCAGAAAGCAUUUGAUAGGAAAUCCCAUUACAGCAUGGAAGGAAAAAAGGAGCCUUACUCGAUGGACAGUGUGUUGGAUACAUCACCCUUGAAGCAGAAUUCCGCUUCUGCUAGCAGUUGUGAAAGUGAUGCCAGUCACGUACAAAUUACUCUCCCAAUAAAGUCUCCAACAACACAUACAUCUGGCCACAAAAGGAAACAAAGGCACUCCACUAAAUCUUUCAUAGAGAAAACUAUCCAGGUGAAAAGCCUUCCUUCUGGAGUUGCUAUGAGCAGUGAAGUAGCAAACAGGACUAGUUCUCAGCCAGAAGGGAGUAAAAAAGAUCUUCGAGCCACAAAGCCAGGAAAAGUGACUGAAAAUGAGUCCCCCUUAGUAGCUAUUGACAGUGGUGUGCUCACUGAUAAAGCUUCCCCCAGCUGUGCCACCAGACUCAGAAAAUCUGUAUCUGUGACAUCCACUCUCGUACCCACCGAUCUUCCCACAACUGGCAAAUUAUCUGAGGUCCAGCACCCCAAACAUGCAGUUGAGUGGCAAUGGACCUGUAACAAACCUAAAUCUAUCCUUCGGGACACCUCCACGACAACAUCUGAUAAGCUGAUGGUGGAGCCUCCUUCAGCCUAUCCCAUCACACGAUCCAGCCCUCUUUAUACCAAUACAGACAGUCUUACUGUGAUCACACCUCUCAAGAAAAAAAGAGGGCGACCAAAGAAACAGCCUUUGCUCACUGUUGAAACCAUUCAUGAGGGAACCUCCACCAGCCCAGUGAGUCCAAUCAAUCACAAAUUUGCAGGAACAAAGAAAAGGAAAAGGAGAAGGAAUCUAACUAAGUUGACCCAGAUGGUUCCAGGAGAGGACAAGUCCAUCAGUGAACUCAAGUUUCACAAAAAGGUCAGGAAGCUUGGGGUCUUGGAUAAGAAGACCAUCAAGACCAUUAAUAAAAUGAAGACCCUCAAGAGGAAGAAUAUUCUCAGUCAGAUCUUGUCAUCCUGCUCCAGCAGCAUAGCUCUGAAAGAAAAAGUCCAGACACUGUCUAGUGCUGGGCCAACCACCAUUGAUGCCAGACUAGGGAAGCAGAUCAAUGUCAGCAAGAGGGGGACUAUCUACAUUGGUAAAAAACGGGGCAGAAAGCCAAGAGCAGAGCUUCAGACUCAGCCAGAAGAACCUAAGACAGCCAUCAAGCACUCAAAGCCUGUUUCCAGCCAGCCAGAAAACCCAGCAGUGCCUUCCAACCUUCAGUCACUUGCAGCUAUUCAUCCACUUUCGACAGAGUUAUUGGGGACUAACAGCAACCUUAGCCCUGCAAGCACUGAAACAAAUUUUUCAGAGUUAAAAACUAUGCCAAAUCUUCAACCUAUCAGUGCUCUUCCUACAAAAACCCAGAAGGGAAUGCACAGUGGAACUUGGAAACUCUCUCCACCCAGGCUAACAGUUAAUUCACCUUCUCACCUUUGUGAAAUAGGUUCUCUAAAAGAAGUCACGCUGUCACCAGUGAGUGAGUCUCACAGUGAGGAAACCAUACCAAGCGACAGUGGGAUAGGUACAGACAACAACAGCACUUCUGACCAAGCUGAGAAAAGCUCAGAAUCCCACCAGAGAUACUCCUUUGAUUUCUGCACUCUGGACAAUCCGGAGGCUAUGCCAUCUGACACCAGCACAAAGAAUAGGCAUGGUCACCAGCAGAAACAUCUCAUUGUGGAUAGCUUUCUCUCUCAUGAGAGUAUUAAAAAGCCAAAGCACAAGAGGAAAAGGAAAAGCCUACAGAACAGAGAUGACAUCCAGUUUCUGACAGACCUUGAGGAACUCAUCAAUAAAUUUCAAGUAUUCAGGAUUUCCCAUAGAAAUUAUACAUUUUAUCAUGAAAAUCCAUAUCCCAGCAUCUUCAGGAUUAAUUUUGAUCACUACUACACUGUGCCAUAUGUCCAGUAUGACCCAUUGCUCUAUCUUCGCAGGACCUCUGACAUGAAGCCUAAGAAGAAGCGUGGUAGACCUGCCAAAACCAAUGACACCAUGACAAAGGUGCCUUUUUUACAAGGGUUCAGUUACCCUAUUCCCAGUGGGAGUUACUAUGCACCCUAUGGAAUGCCUUACACAUCAAUGCCUAUGAUGAAUCUUGGUUACUAUGGUCAGUAUCCAACUCCUCUGUACCUGUCUCACACUCUCGGAGCAGCUUCUCCAUUUAUGAGGCCUACCUUGCCCCCACCCCAGUUCCAUGCAAGCUCUCAUAUGAAGAUAUCCACCACUGCCAAACAUAAAGCAAAACACGGAGUGUGCCUACAAACACCUGUGGGAAUGGGCCUUGGAGACAUGCAGUCCUCUUUGGCUCCUCCAAAAGUUGGAGGAACAAGCCUUUUAAGUGGUCGACUUCACAAAAAGAAACACAAGCAUAAGCACAAGCAUAAGGAUGAGCAAAUAUUGGGGACAUAUGAUCUGAGUGGUCUGUUUGCUAGCAAGUCCACUGGCUUCUCCAGCCACACAAUCAAUGACAGGCUAAGCAGCUCAGAUAAAGACCUCCCCUUGCUCAAUGAUAAAAGAAAACAUAAGGAGAAGCAGAAGUAUCAGCAUUGUGAAACCAGACACAAAGGCUCAAAGAGUAACUCUGAAGUGGAUACACUGUCUACGUUAUUACUUUCUGAUGCCCAGCAGUGGACACAGAGUAAAGAUAAAAGUGACUCAAGCAAUGAUCCCAUUGACUCUUGCACAAAGAGAUACUCUGGUAAUACUGAGAGUAAUGGAAGGUCAGAGUCCCUGGACAUGUUUGGUGAAAUGAAUUCCUCAAGUGAGAAGAGGGACAAUGAUGCAAGUGGGAAUAAAAGAAGCUUUGAAGGGUUUGGAACUUACAAGGAAAAGGACAUUCAGCCCUUCGGGACAAAUAGGAAGAACAGAAGUACUUAUGAUUCUUCAACCUCUUCAGGAAUUGCAGGCCCCCACAUAAAAGCAGACCAGACUUUACUUCAUGGUAAAAUGGAAAGUUCUGCCUGCAAAGUGAUGACCAGAAGGAAACCAGCAGCUGUUGACAGUGUUACAAUGCCGACUCCAGUAUUCUCUCUCCUACCUUCAUCAUCAGCAACAUCUGAAGCAGCCAGCUCACCACUGAAAAAACGGUUCAAGGGCCAUGAAAUUGAAGCAAUCCAGUGCGAGGUGCACAAGAUGUGCAACUACACCAAGAUCCUGUCCACGAAGAAGAACCUGGAUCAUGUGAACAAGAUCCUGAAAGCCAAGCGGCUGCAGAGACAAUCAAAGACAGGCAAUAACUUCAUCAAGAAGCGGAGGGGGCGUCCUCGGAAGGAACCCCUUUCCUUUGAUGAAGACUCCAAAGACCAAAUGCCCAUUCUGGAAAAAUGCAUUAACCGUCCCAGCAAAAGAGGUCAGAGACCGACACUCAACCCUUUAAUAAUAGAGCCAGCAGCCACUCAAGAUACAAUCAUGGCCACCAUUGAGGCUGUCAUACAUAUGGCUCGAGAGAUGCCACUCCCGAUACCUCCUCUCCCUCCUCCCCUUCCUCCGCCCCCUUUCCCUCCACCCCAGAUGCUCUGGAAAAGAAAAAGCAAGUCCUCAUAG